CAGUAGUUAAGCUGGUUUUAGGUUCAUUAGCCUUUGCCAUUUUCUGGGUAUUAGCAGUGUUCCCCUCUGUACCAUUACUACCAAUCGGUCGAACCGCCGGUUCUCUGUUCGGUGCAAUGCUAAUGGUUAUCUUCCAAGUGAUAACACCGGAACAAGCUUACGCUGCCAUCGAUCUCCCCAUCCUUGGCCUUCUCUUUGGCACUAUGGUUGUUAGUAUAUACCUUGAGAGAGCUGAUAUGUUCAAGUACUUAGGCACAUUGCUCUCUUGGAAAAGCAGAGGACCUAAAGACUUGCUUUGUCGAGUCUGUCUUGUUUCCGCGGUUUCAAGCGCUCUUUUCACUAAUGAUACUUCUUGUGUGGUUUUAACCGAGUUUGUGUUGAAGAUCGCUAGGCAAAAGAACCUCCCUCCUCACCCUUUUUUGCUCGCUUUGGCCACGAGUGCCAAUAUUGGUUCUUCCGCUACUCCCAUUGGGAAUCCUCAGAAUCUUGUUAUUGCUGUUCAAAGCAAGAUACCCUUUGGGGAGUUUCUUUUUGGUGUUUUUCCUGCUAUGAUUGUUGGUAUUACCGUCAAUGCUUUGCUUCUUCUCGGUAUGUAUUGGCGGGUGUUGUCUGAUCAUAAAGAGGACGAAGAGAAAGCAGGAGAAGUUGCUGAUUCUGAAGUUGUCUCUGUUGCUGAAGAAGAUGUCAGCUCUCAUAGGUUUUCGCCAGCUACGUUUCCACCACCAGCUACAUCCGAAGAAUCGAACUUGAGAAUGGAUGCUGCUGAUACGCUCAGAAACAGAGCGGGUUCGGCUGGUGAGAGCGAUCUUAUAAGCCGCGAUUCAAACGCGUCAAGAGAACUACAAACCGACGCAGAGUCUCAAGGAGAUAUCAAUGACAACAACAGUAUGUUCAAAACCAAGAAAUGGAGAAGAGUUUUAUGGAAGUCAAGUGUUUAUUUAAUCACGUUAGGGAUGCUAGUGUCUAUGCUUAUGGGUUUAAACAUGUCGUGGGCUGCAAUUACCGCGGCUCUAGCUCUCGCUGUUCUUGAUUUCAAAGACGCAAGGCCAUCUCUCGAGAAGGUGUCGUACUCGCUUUUGAUCUUCUUCUGCGGGAUGUUCAUAACCGUUGAUGGAUUCAACAAAACUGGUAUCCCUACCGCUUUAUGGGACCUAAUGGAGCCAUAUGCCAAAAUCGAUCAAGCCAAAGGAACCGCGGUUCUAGCAGUUGUGAUUCUUGUCCUCUCCAAUGUAGCCUCUAAUGUACCUACCGUGCUUUUGCUGGGAGCAAGAGUGGCGGCAUCAGCAAUGGGGAGGGAGGAGGAGAAGAAGGCGUGGUUGUUGCUGGCGUGGGUGAGCACGGUGGCUGGGAACUUGACGUUGCUUGGUUCAGCUGCAAACCUGAUAGUGUGUGAGCAAGCACGCAGAGCAGGGAGCCAUGGAUACACUCUCACUUUCACAAAACACUUCAAGUUUGGUUUACCUUCAACACUCAUCGUCACUGCCAUUGGUCUCCUCUUAAUCAAGUAAAAUCAUAGCUCACUCUGCAUAUAUGCUUUUAUUUUCUCCUUGACAAGAAUCAGUCUUUAUGUGUUCUCUUCCACACGUUUGUAAUUGAAUGUUCAUAGAAUCCAUAUUUGUAUGAUUGUAUCAUUGAUAAACACAAACACUAUCACAACUAUAAGUAAUGAAUGAAUGGUAUAGCAGUUUUCAGUUUGAAAACUACUUUUUACUA